UAAUAAUAUAUAUAAACUCUAAAUCCUGAAAGAGUUAGAAAGGAAUACAUUCUGAGACAAGUUAUGCCUACUAUUCUUCGUCUCCUUCUUCUACUCAUAUUUCUUGUUUUACCAAUAUACUCCAUUGCUCAAACCUACAGAAACGUGAUUCCAGGCUGGUCUCUAACGUCCGGUUUUGACAACAGCACAUGGACAUCACAAAAUGGCGACUUUGCGUUUGGCUUCCGUCCGAUUGCAGACAACAAUAGCUUCGUACUAGCAAUCUGGUAUGCCAAAAUACCUGAUCAAACAGUUGUUUGGUUUGCAACUGAUGGCACUGAGUACAAUGGAGAUAUACAAAUCCCAAAAGGAUCGAAAGUUGAGCUAACUAUUGCUGGUAAACUAAUUCUUAGCGAUCAUCAAGGAAAACAAAUAUGGUCCGCCGGAGAUAACCUAAGCGGGGCUACUUAUGCCGCCAUGCUUGAUAAUGGGAAUUUCGUUCUGGGUAGUAAGAGUUCUGCUGGUUAUUUGUGGGAGAGCUUUAAUCAUCCUACGGAUACUAUAUUACCUUCCCAGGUCUUGGAUAGGAAAAGAUUGAAUAAUAAGCUUUACUCAAGUGCCAGCGAUACUACAUACUCAAAAGGAAGGUUUAGGCUCCGAAUCCCCGACGAUAAUAAUUUGGUCCUCUACCCAGUGGCAUUUCCGAGUCUGACGGAAAACAAGUACCCGCCAUAUUAUAAUUUAUCUUCAUUAUCUAAGAGUAAACCUGAUAUCAAGCAGUUCGUUUUCAAUGAGUCGGGCCAAAUUUACAUUGUCAGCAACAAUGGUAGCAUCGUAAAUCUCGUUCAGUGGGGCACUCUCGCCCCAGCCACCAAUGUCUAUUACAGAGCCACACUCGAUUUCAAUGGAGUUUUCACACAGUAUUCUCAUCCAAAGAACACUGAUGCUCCUGGGCAGUUCUGGAGCAUAGUGCGAUACAUACCAGAUAACAUUUGUAUGAGUUUCAAUGAUAGACUGGGUAGUGGUGUUUGUGGAUAUAACAGCUAUUGCCAACUCACUUCGGAGGGAAGGCCUAUUUGUCAGUGCCCGCCUGAGUUUGAUUUCAUUGAUCCAGAGAACAUAUUUGGUGGUUGCACACCAAAUUUUGAUUUACAAAGAUGCCGCGGAGAGGACACGAGGAAGCCAAACGAAUUAUUCGAGUUGCGGACCUUGAGAAAUGUAGAUUGGACGACGUCCGAUUAUGAAAGUUUGGAGAGUUACAAUGAACAGGAUUGUAGAAGCUCAUGCCUGAGUGAUUGUCUCUGUGCGGUUGCUUUAUUUAGAGAGGGAACUUGUUGGAAGAAGAAGCUGCCACUCCCAAAUGGUAGGCUUGAUGUUUCUGUGAACGGAAACGCUUUAAUCAAAAUAAGGAAGGAUAAAGGUUCAUCAUCAGAAAAAGAUCCCAAUUCUAAAUACUGUAAACACGGAAACAAAAAUCGAUCAACAAUCAUUCUGGUAGGGUCACUUCUUGGCAGCUCAGUAUUUUUCAACAUCAUAUUCUUGGCUGUUAUCUUCGUGGUAUUGUUGUUCGUGAACAAGACACUGAGAAAAAAAACGCACAAAACGAGUGUUUUGAGAUCCAAUCUCCAUUCAUUUACUUAUGAAGAGCUUGAAGAAGCCACAGAUGGGUUUUCGGAAGAGUUAGGAAGGGGUGCUUUCGGCAUUGUGUAUAAAGGAUUCACGGAAGAAAUGGGUUCCAUUGCAGUGAAGAAAUUAGACAAGGUGUUCCAUCAAGGAGAAAAGGAAUUCAAAUCCGAAGUCAACACAAUAGGUCAGACACAUCACAAGAAUUUGGUUCGGCUGCUCGGUUUCUGCGAUGAGGGGCAACACAGACUGUUAGUAUAUGAGUUCAUGAGCAACGGCAGCUUGGCGGAUCUUCUUUUUGGGAUUACUAAACCAGAUUGGAAUCGGCGGGUCCAAUUUGCAUUUGGCAUAUCAAGAGGACUUAUGUAUUUGCAUGAAGAAUGCAGCACCCAAAUCAUCCAUUGUGAUAUAAAGCCUCAAAACAUACUACUGGAUGACAGUUUUACUGCAAGAAUUUCAGACUUCGGAUUGGCAAAGCUUUUGAUAACUAGCCAAACUCGAGGUUCCACGGGGAUUAGAGGGACUAGAGGAUAUGUCGCGCCAGAAUGGUUCAGGAAUACACCAGUCUCAUCGAAAGUGGAUGUUUAUAGUUACGGAGUUAUGCUACUAGAGAUCAUAUGUUGCAGGAAGGGAGUCGUACCGGAGCUAGUAGAAGAAGAGAUAAAAGCCAUUCUCACCGAUUGGGCAUACGACUGCUACAGCCAAGGGAAACUAGAAGAUUUGGUGGAGAAUGAUGAGGAAGUAAUGAAUGACAUGAGGAGAUUCGAGAGGCUGGUGAUGAUAGCUAUUUGGUGUAUUCAAGAUGAACCAUCACUUCGGCCAUCCAUGAAGAAAGUAACUCAGAUGCUAGAGGGGGUACUUGAAGUUUCUGCACCCCCAUGUCCUUACCAGUUUAAGGAAUAUGUUGGAAACAGCAGUGUAUGCAAUGACGUAUAGUCCGGUGUCAUGUUUUCUUUGUUAUGGUUAUUCUAAUACUGUCUAUGUAUCCCAGUCUAAUUGUAACUGUGUUUGAUAAGUUCAAUAAAACUAAGAAAUAAAUUUGUUACA